AUGUCGAACCUCAAGCGCAUCUCUAUCAUCCCCAACCCAGCCUGCGAACGUGCGGGCAUGAAACAAUACGCCAGCAUCCUCAAGAAAUACGACUUCGCACCCACAACCGAGGGCCUCUUCCAAAUGGUCGACAUCGCAACCAAGAACCUGAAGAACCUCUUCAAGCCCACAGACAAGAAGGCCACAAAACCCUUGUUGCGAAAAGUCGAAGACGACAAGCCAGGCGAAGUUAAAGCAGAAGACCGGCAAAACGAUGCGCUUUAUAUUUGCCCUGUCGAGAUUGGAACGCCAUCGCAAAUAAUGAAUUUGCACUUUGAUACUGGGAGUUCGGAUAUUUGGAUGUGGUCUACGGAAUUGGAUAGGGAGACGAAGGAGGCGAGGGUUAAAAGAUCCACAGCUUCUGGUAUCGUAGGCAUUGAUGAUGUUAUACUUGGCAGCUUAUGCGUCGAGGGCCAAGCCAUUGAACUUGCGAGUAAACUUAGCCCGCAGUUUACUUCCGGUGCAGGCGACGGACUGCUAAGUCUAGCAUUCGGCCACAUCAACACUGUCAAACCAAAGAAAGCCGCUACAUUUGUGGAACAAGUCAGUCUCCUUCCCUUCCCUCUACUUUCUUUGUUGCAAACACCAAAAAGCUCACAUCAUCACACCCCCACUAGAUGGUUCUCCAAUCUGACAUACCCUCUUCUCAAGAACUCUGCACCUGCUACCUCAGCUCCUGACGCAACAAAAACGACAUCGACCACGGCGAAACCUUCUACACAUCCCGUUAUAUCGACGAAGAAGUCCUCUCCCGCUAUGGUGUCUCAGAACCGCAUUACGCCUCUAUCGACCCUUCAAAAGGCUUCUGGCAAUUCUCCUCUCCAACCGCUACUCUCAACGGCGAGACUAUUUAAAGACCGCCAGGCAACACCGUAA